CACCAUUCGACAUUCCUUUGUUCUGUCCACCGAACUAAUAGAAGAAAGUAAAAUUAUCUAUCGUUGUUAGUAUCAUAUUCAAUCAAAUAAAAUGCCCAAUGCUCUGUUAAACGAUUCUAGAAAUUUGGAAUUAGAAGCUCAGGAGCCUCAAACAAUUACUUUAUUUCAACCGUACGAAGUAGAACAAAUACUGUUACCUGACAGUGAAAAUUGUUUAGCUGUACAAGCUUAUCUUAAAAUUUGCGGUCUUGAAUUUCAAAUAGAACUAAGAAGCAACGCAGAAUAUAUGUCACCAUCUGGUCGAGUACCAUUUAUUAAAUGUGGAGCAUUUUAUAUAUCCGAAUUUGAUAGUAUCGUGUCGUUUAUAAGAAAUAAAGGCAUAAGUUUGUCAAAUCAUCUAUCUCCAAUUGGCAAAGCAGAUAUGAGAGCUUAUACAGUGGUGAAUAAUAUAUUUGUAAAUGCUGAAUUAUAUAUUUGUUGGAUCGACGAAAUAACUUUAAAUGAGGUAACCAAACCAAGGCAUGGGAGCGUGUAUCCUUGGCCCUUGAAUCACUUUUUAAACUGGCAAAAAAGAAAAGAAAUCAUAAAGAAACUCAAAGUACAUGGAUGGUAUAAUAAGACUUUAGAGGAUGUAUAUAGCGAAAUCAAAAAGUGCUGUUGAGCAUUAUCCAAGAGACUCAAGGGUAAUGAAUAUUUUUUUGGAAAAAAGCCUUACGAAAGUAUUUUAAUGCUCCUUGACGGUUAA